UGCAGGGUCCAUCCUUCUCACUUUCAGGAUUACUCACCAGGCAGCUAAUGUGGCUCUGGGUGGAGUGGCUGCUCAGUCAUCACUGUUUGACCCCUCGUUUCUGCCAGACGUGGUGAUUGAUGGCAAAUCUAUUUCAAACUAUUUGCUUGGGAGCUGCACUGCCACUGAUUGGGAGACCAACCCCUGGUGGAGACUGGACAUGCGGGCUCCAUACAACAUCUCAUAUAUUGAAGUCAUCCGAAGAUCAGAUUGCUGCAUUUAUGAGAUACAGGGGGCUGAAAUACACAUUGGUAACUCACUGGAGAACAAUGGCAACAACAAUCCCAGAUGUGGAGUCAUCACUGUGACCAGUGAAAUUAAAUAUGUCUUUAACUGUGACCAGAUGGAAGGACGUUACGUCAAUGUUUUCAUCCGUGGUGUAGGAAGGCGACUUCAGCUUUGUGAGGUCAAAGUGUACGCCACUACAACCCCUACAGGAACCAAUGUGGCACCGAGAGGAGUAGCCACACAGUCUGGAGAACCAGAUUCUGCAGCAACUGCUCCACAAAUGGCCAUUGAUGAAGACAGUGGGAAGGAUCCACAAAGCACCUGUGCUUCAGUUCCACUGCAAGACAACCCCUGGUGGCAACUGGACCUGAGGAGUAUCUACAAAAUAACAGCUGUGUCUGUCACCAGCAUCAGCGACUGCUGCUCAGAGGAGCUGGACGGUGCUGAGAUCCGCAUCGGUCUCAAGAAUGACACCAGCAACCAGAGGUGUGCCAUCAUCUCCAUUGCAACGGGACAGAACAAAUACAACUACCAGUGUGGAAUAAUGGAAGGUCGCUUUGUCCAUGUUGUUCUUCCUGGACUACAGAAGAAUUUGACAGUUUGUGAAGUACAGGUGUAUGGGACUGUGCUUGAAAAUGUGGCUUUGAGAGGAGUGGCUUAUCAGUCUUCCCUAAGGUGGAAAACCACAGGUCAAGCAAGCAACGUUAUUGAUGGCCGUCAGUUUUCAACUUGCAGUGUAACUGAAGACAUACCUGGUCAGUGGGUACAAGUGGAUCUAUUGGCUCCCUACAAUGUGACUGUGAUACAGCUUGCCUUCAGUGAGGACUGCUGCUAUGGUGAUAUGGUCCAAGUGGAUGGCAAAAGCUGCAGGGUCAUCUCCAGUUCACAAUCUCUGGUGACUGUGGAUUGUGGUGGAAUUGCGGGUCGGUAUGUGACUGUGAACCAUCCUGAUAUACCACUGUCUCUGUGUGAGGUGGAGGUCUACAGCACUUUGAAGAAUCCUUACAACAUAGCCCCUCAGCAGCCGCCGGCCCAUGAUUACUGCUUCUUCGAUUCCUGUAGCCGUGACUACGUUCUCAUUUACAGUGAACCUAAAACAUGGUUUGAAGCCCAGACCUACUGCAGAGAUAUGUACACUGAUCUGGCCACCAUCAGCAACGUUCAGGACAUGAAUAGAGUCAUAGACAAAAUGGAGAAUGACUUCCACGAUUUUUGGAUUGGGCUGUAUGAAGAUGUCUUAACCUGGAAGUGGUCUUUGUCAGAUGAGGGUUACUAUGGAGAUGGUGAAGAUGAGUUCAGGAACUGGGAUGUCGGUGAGCCCAGCAAGACCGCCAUCCAGCACUGUGCUUGCAUACAACAAACGGGUGAAUGGAGAGACCUGGACUGUGACAUACCUAAUUACUUCUUAUGCUUUGAUGGCAGAGAUGGGGCACCAGCAACAAAGAUUCUCGUGGAAACACCUAUGAUGUGGGCCGAUGCACAGCUCUACUGCAGGGAGUACCACACAGACCUGCUCAGUGUGAGGAACCAGGCUGAGAACCAGGAAAUCCAGAUCAUGGUGCCGACAGGAAAGCUGGCAUGGAUCGGCCUGUUUGGAGACUCUUGGAAGUGGUCUGAUGGGAGUAUCUCCACAUUCAGAUACCAGGGUCUGAAACCCCCAACAAACGUAGGAGAGGGUCCGAACUGUGCUUACAUUGACAGAAAAUGGAGCGUAAGAUCCUGCAACACCAAAUCUAUGUUUCUUUGCCAAUACUUUAAGAAGAGAUCUGUCGUGAAGAUCAGCACUGACUUUGACAUGAGUGACCCGGUCAUCCAACAACAAAUCUUAAAGCAGCUGGAGGCAAAGAUGAAAAGCAAGGGGAUCAGUGACUUCAAAAUCCGCUGGAAGACGUCAGGACGAGUUUCACGCAAGACUGAAGACAACACACAAAUCCAGUUUGGACCAAAUAAGUACACACAAGUCAAAACAAAGGAGGUGUGUGACACCGGAGGGAGCUGAAUCAAGAGUCCUGCCACUCUGACUGGGCUGAAGCUGAACAAUGUGGACCAGUGGACUGUGUGUACUGGAUGGUAAAAACAGGAAAGCUGAUAAAGAUGAAAAUGUAUUUGUAAAUAAACGCUUUGUUUUUA